CGAUCUCAUAGGGUUGUUGUAAGGAGGAGAUGAGACACUGCACGUAAAGGCUCAGCACCAUGCCUGAUGUGUUCAGCAUACUGAGCACCUACUGUGUGCCAGACACUGGAGCAGGCACUGGAGAGUCAAGAGGGAGGAAGGCAGACAAGGUCUUUGCUCUUAUGGAGUUCACAUUCCAGGAGAGACAGACAACAAACAAUUAGAAAAUAUCAAAAAGUCCCAAGGGCUUUGCAGGGAACCAAGAGAAAGUGGUGAUAUACAGUGAGUGAAUGUCUGCUGUAACAAGGGCGGCUGCUCAGAGGAGGUGGCUAUUUACAGUUAUGAUUACUAUUUACUAUUAUUUGUCAGGGGCCUCACAGCUGCCCCUAAUACAGCCUCCAGUAAGAAAACCACUUCUGACAGUUCUCAAACCCAGUACCCACUCUCCAGAGGCCUGACCCCACCCUUAGAGGACUCCUUUGGAUUCUGACUUUACCUCCAUCAAAUUGGCAGGAACAGCUGAAACCCCGCCUUUCCCUGAGAGAGAGGAGUGGGCCAAGGGGAGGCUCCCAAGAAGACAGAGCAAAGAGAUAAUUUGCCAAAAGGGAAGUGGGAGAGAGAGAAUGAAAAAAAAAAGAUACCAAGAUCUUUGGCUUAUAUUUAAUUUCAAAUUAAUCCUGAUGGAAGCGCUAAAGAAAUCUCUAGCAUUCUUCUGUUUGUGUUUGUGGAUCUUCUGGGUUUAUCCACCUCUCUCUUUACAGAGGACAGCUCAGGGCAGUCAUCCCACAACGACUUAGUCUAACAGGCGUCCCAUUUCUCCUGUGUUUCCAAGGCGGAAGGAAGCACUUACUAGAGUUUGUCAAGUGAUCAGCUACCUAAGGCUUUGGAGGUGGCCGACUUCAACUUUUCCAUCCCUUCUGUGCUGGCCAAAGGUAUGUGGUCUGCUCACAUCUCAUUCAGAUCACAUCACACCAAAUAAAAGGCUGCCUCUCACCCUAUCCUCCUACCCCCUGCCACCAACACCCCCCCCCCACACACACACACAGAGAAGGUUCCCCCAGAGCAGUGACCCUGUCUUUUUGGCCUCUGUCUCCCCAGAAACCAGAGUAGGGUCUGACACACAACAGGUGCUCAAUGAAUGCCUGCUGAAUGGAGGCCACUGACUUCAGCUCAAAGGGACAGCCAGACCCAGAGUGAGAUGACUGAAGAUUCAGAUGUGGACUCCGACACUCACUAGCUUGUGCCCUUUGGCGAGUCGCCUUACCUCCCUGGCCUCCAUUUCCUGACCUGUAACGUGUGUGUCGGGGAGGGAAGAGGGCGUGAUAACAUCUACCACAGUGAGUUACUGUGAGAAUCAAAAGAAAUCACUGGAAUAACCGUAAAAGAUUAUUCAGAAAGAAGAUAUUACUGUCUUAAGUGGAAAGUCCUGGAAAAAAAGAAGGGGAACUUAUACAAAGACCCACUGGGAGAAGAUCUGCUCUGUCCUUUGAGAAGUCCUCAGUGGCUGUGAGUAUCUGAUGCUCAGCAGAGGAGGGGGCAAAGGAAUUUGGGAGGGAUAUUCCUGGGUAUCCAACACACUAACUAGAAACAGAAUCGAGAUUUCCUUUAGCCAAGUAUCUGUUUGUGCCUGUACUUUUCCUCUAGCUCUCUUUUUUCCAACAUUUUUUUCUCCCUCCCUCAUCUCCACCCCCCACCCACUCACCAAGGAAGGAAUUGGCCAGCUCCACCCAGCCCCCCCACAGCUCCGCCCCCAACUUGGCAGGCCAAGAGUUAACAGCUGCACCUGUUGAGGUAUACCUGCUGUCCGCGGCACCUGUACCCGCAGCCAAUCAGCGCCAGCGCUGCCGGGAACCUACCUGUCAGCAAAAUCCCGACACUCAAACCUCAACAUAAAUCAAACACUUCCCUGGGCAGGGAAUGUCUGUGUCAGGCAAGAAUUAGAGACGAGCGGUCAGCAGGGCCUCCGUGCUGAUCACUCGAGCCUGGGAGCCUGGGAGCAGGAAGAUGUCGAAUGAACUUGAUUUCAGGACUGUGCGGCUGCUGAAGAACGACCCAGUCAACUUCCAGAAGUUCCCCUACACUAGCGAGGAUGAGGCCUGGAAGACCUACCUGGAAAACCCCUUGACGGCCGCCACGAAGGCCAUGAUGAGAGUCAAUGGGGACGAUGACAGCGUGGCGGCCCUGAGCUUCCUCUAUGAUUACUACAUGGGCCCCAAGGAGAAGCGGAUACUGUCCUCCAGCACUGGGGGCCGGAACGACCAGGGAAAGAGGUACCACCAUGGCAUGGAAUGUGAGAUGGACCUCGCCCCCCUUGAGAGCCCCACGCAUCUCGUGAAAUUCCUGACAGAGAACGUGUCCGGAAUCCCCGAGUACCCAGACGUGCUCAAGAAGAAUAACCUGAUGAGCUUGGAGGGAGCCGUGCCCACCCUGGGCAAGGCAGCCCUCCUCCCCCCAGGCCCCAGCAAGCUGGAAGCUGGCUCUGUGGACAGCUACCUGCUGCCCACCAGUGAUGUGUAUGAUAACGGCUCCCUCAACUCCUUGUUUGAGAGCAUUCAUGGGGUGCCACCCACACAGCGCUGGCAGCCUGACAGCACCUUCAAAGAUGACCCGCAAGAGUCACUGCUCUUCCCAGAUAUCCUGAAAACAUCCCCGGAACCCCCGUGUCCAGAGGACUAUCCCAGCCCUAAGAGUGACUUUGAAUACACGCUGGGCUCCCCCAAAGCCAUCCACAUCAAGUCGGGUGAAUCGCCCAUGGCCUACCUGAACAAGGGCCAGUUCUACCCCGUCACCCUGCGCACCCCCGCGGGCAGCCAAGGCCUUGCCUUGUCCUCCAACAAAGUCAAGAGUGUGGUGAUGGUCGUCUUCGACAAUGAGAAGGUCCCGGUAGAGCAGCUGCGGUUCUGGAAGCACUGGCAUUCCCGGCAGCCCACCGCCAAGCAGCGCGUCAUCGACGUGGCCGACUGCAAAGAAAACUUCAACACCGUGCAGCACAUCGAGGAGGUGGCCUAUAACGCACUGUCCUUCGUGUGGAAUGUCAACGAGGAGGCCAAGGUGUUCAUUGGCGUCAACUGCCUCAGCACAGACUUCUCCUCACAGAAGGGGGUGAAGGGUGUCCCCCUGAACCUGCAGAUCGACACCUAUGACUGUGGCUCCAGCCCUGAGCGCCUGGUGCACCGCGCUGUCUGCCAGAUCAAGAUCUUUUGUGACAAGGGAGCAGAAAGGAAGAUGCGGGACGAUGAGCGGAAGCAGUUCCGGAGGAAGGUCAAGUGCCCAGACUCCAGCAACAAUGGCAUCAAGGGCUGCCUGCUGUCCGGCUUCAGGGGCAAUGAGACCACCUACCUGCGGCCUGAGGCUGACCUGGAGACCCCACCGGUGCUGUUCAUCCCCAAUGUGCACUUCUCCAGCCUGCAGCGCCCUGGAGGGGCAGUGCCCUCGGCAGGACCUGGCAGCUCCAACAGGCUGCCCCUGAAGCGCACCUGCUCGCCCUUCACCGAGGAGUUUGAGCCUCUGCCCUCCAAACAGGCCAAGGAAGACGAUCUGCAGAGAGUUCUGCUGUACGUGCGCAGGGAGACUGAGGAGGUGUUCGAUGCCCUCAUGUUGAAGACUCCGGACCUGAAGGGGCUGAGGAAUGCGAUCUCUGAGAAGUAUGGGUUCCCAGAGGAGAACAUUUACAAAGUCUACAAGAAGUGUAAGCGGGGAAUCCUGGUCAACAUGGACAACAACAUCAUUCAGCAUUACAGCAACCACGUCGCCUUCCUGCUGGACAUGGGGGAGCUUGAUGGGAAGAUUCAGAUCAUCCUGAAGGAGCUCUAAGGCCCGAGUGAGCCAGCGCGCACCCCCUCAGACCCCUGGGGGUAGGCUCCAGGCAAGGAGCCAGCUGGGGAGCGGCCCCCCCCACACACAACCUCUCCUCACGCCUCAGUGCCGUUACUUGAACGCCCUCCCUGAGGGAAGAGGCCCUCCAGUCGCAAGCCUGUGGAUGUCGGGGCUGGGGACAGACCUGGGAGGUGUCCUGAUCCGAACCUCCUCCUCUUGCUUGACUCUGCUCCCUGAACUUCCUGCCAGUGCCCGUCUGGCCAGAGACGGUGUCACCUCGGUUCACAUACCCAACAU